AUGUUGACUCGAGGACUUGGCUUAGCGACAGCGCUCUGCGUAGGGGCCAGCGCCCUCGUGCUUCCUCCCUCAUCAUCACCCUCCGCGGACGACGAGAUCAGACCCGCCAUUGUCGGCUCGAAAAGGCAACGGAUCGAGAUACCUUGUCCUUCAUGUUCAUUCAUCAAACCUGACAACACCGCCCAGGAGAAAUUCGUGGACGAUGAAGGCGACUUGUUCUGGAUCCAAGGCGGCGCCAGCAGCAUCAUCCUCGACCUAAGCACAUCGAACGAUGGACAACGACUACAGCUCGACGAUGAGGCCAUCUACCCAUCAAACACCUAUCUAGCAGCUGCGGUGGGAGGACUACCCAUCUAUGUUACUCAGACGCCGGCACACGCAUCCGAUCUUGCAUCUUUCUCGAGAGAGGCACAGCGGCGGUCGUUGGAAGUCACGUCCUGGAGUCUUGUCGUCUCUUCGGCUCCGGUGCUUUCAGACUCAGGCGAUAGCCACGGUGAUGUUGACCGUCUCAUCAGGCUUCAGCUGCAGAUCACGGGCCUGGAGAGGCAGUUCGUGGAUCUCGGCGAAGUCGCCAUCGACUUGCUGCGGACGAGCGCUGGCGAGCAUCUGAUCUUGGGAGUGGAACGCCUACCCCAUCCAAGUCUGGCUCCUUUCCAACCACCACCGCAACAACCGCACCCGGGCUCAAACGCGCUCUGUAAAGCCGAGUCUUGGAUCACCUCCGCCUUGUCCUCCCUCCGCAACACUAAUUUCGGCUUUCCUCGUCCACCCUGCUCGAGAAAAGCCCACAUCCCAGCGAAGAGUAGCAAGUUCUCCGAGUUCAAGGUCGAAAUCCCUCAGCAAAGCCAGCACGGCCCCUCCGGGCAUUGGCGUCCAUCCCGCUUACACGAACACGGUCAUCGACAGCCGCACAUUCUGCCCUCCCUCGCUCGCGGAGUCACGGCCAUACUCAUACCGGUUCUGGCGGGCAUCGUAGCCGGACUCCUUGUCAGCUUCGUCGGCUUGCUGGUCGGAAGGCUCAUUGGGUACGCUUGGAUCAAGAUCGCACGGGCUAUGUGGGAACUGGAGGGCGGCAUCAGCUUGGACGAAGAAGCAUGUUGGAGUGUGACCAGGGGCAGGACGGACCAUGAGAAGGACAUCGAGCCGCUCCCGCGGUAUGAAGAUGCGCUAGCGUACAAAGAGGCUCCCGCCUACGAAGAAACACCACCAUACCAAGAGGUGCAGGCGACUGAGCCAGUACGAUGA